GAAAUGCGGUAAUCGCACGGGCUCCCUCCCCGUGAUUUGCAAUUAAUUAAAAUAUCGGGAAAAUGCAUUGAGGGAGUAAUUCCUCCGUACGUCAUGAUCGCAUAAAUCGCCGCUGGUGACUCGGCCGUAUGAUAAAUUACUCCGAAAAAAAGAAUGUCGAGUCGCCUGACUGUUGCGAUACUUACUGGCUGCGUAUAGGAAUGUGGCAUUUCAAAAUGGCUGCCACGGCUAUUCUAGUAAUUUACAGCCUUAGUAAUCUGCCUUUGUUGUCGCGCGUGUGAAUCGUGCGAAUUCUCGCGAGGCACCCGCGAGGAACCCCGAAGUCGGAGCGACCGACCGAUGUACACACGUAGAUACGAUCAUGUAUACACGCAUACGCAUACGCGUGUGUAUGUGUCGUUCAUCUGUCUCUGCCUAAGCUCGAGCUUGAUCGCUCGUACGCUCUCGCUCCUGGUGGUGGGCACCAGGGGAUUUAGCGCGUUUUUAUACUCAUUUCGCUGACGUGACGUUCCUCGUCUACCUCGUCUGUGGCAUCCCGCUCGCCAAAAGCGACGGUGGGAAACGUGGGGAAGCGCCGCGGGAAUAUGCUCGGGACGGCUGCUGUCACCAUUGUCGCCUCAUCAGGAGAGCCCUGUCCCGUGGGAUCUCGGCGGCUCGUUAUUGUCACAUUGUAGCGUCUCAGAUAGGUUAGUUACUUAUCAAUCGCUCACUCGCAUGGCAUGAGGAUGCCGAUGAGCGGCUAUGCGAAAUAUGCCUGAUGUGCCUUCCGAUACUCUGCCAAUCUCACGGAGCGAACGACCAAGCGAGAUUGUUUUUUACGACGGUGUGAAGAAUACUAAGUUCGAUGGGUCGACCUUGCGUUCUUCUUCGUCCACGUUUUUUAUACAUCUGACAAAUAUAUCUCGUUUCUUCGUGAUUCGUAUUAUUGUGAUACAUGUUAUGUUGUACAUGAUUCGAGCGGCAGUGAUCCCCGAGUCCUUGAGCGUGUUUUGAACUGAACUAGCUGUCCUAGCUAGAUAACUAUCGCCAGUCAUGACACUGGAAAAUAUCCGCGACAGGAUAAAUUAGCAGUGAUCUGUAUUCUAUACAUUUAUAUAUGACACAACCGGAUUAAAGCUAGGUCCUAAAGGGCCUAGCAUGGGCCACUAUGAAUCCACCUGCAGUCAACAAAUCGAGCACUCGCGGCUCUGGAUACCACCAAAAGGCAUUAGCUGAGAUUCGCAAUUCGUUACUACCAUUUGCGAAUAUCGGAGGGAUUGGAGAGGUGGGUUCCAGUGCCGCUAGCACUAUCUCUACUAUAUCCACGACUAGUGGCAUUAGCUCCGCCUCGGGUCUUAGCGGGCUCUCCGGCGCCUCUGGUUCCACUGUCGAUAAACCGGAUCAGCGACAGGCAUUGGGACAAUUAUUAGCCAUGGGAUAUUCGGAGGAAAUAGGAUUACGCGCUAUGAAAUUCGCAGGAUGGCGAUUAGAUGCAGCAAUAGAGUACUUGAAACAGACUCAAGGAGAAUCUCUGAACGGGCUUGGUAAACUCAAUACCAAACUCAUUAGGAAACCGAGUCUUGAAAGGGAUUUAAAUUUGCAACGCGGCAGUCCCGCGUUGGACAGCGGGGCGGGCAGUUCGCGAUCCGAUAGUCCGCGCCUCACGGAACUUAGCACACAUCCGCAGUUGAGCCGCCAAUACUCGCCCAAUAACUUUGUGGAACGUGAACCACCGCCACCUCCGCCGCCUCGAUGUAGUUCCACGCCACCGCCACCACCACCGCCUCACGCGCCAUAUAGUCAGCCUAAUGUGCCCACCAACAUGCAACAAAUGCUCAAGCGAAUGUCACCCGCGCCGGUCGUGCCAACGAGACCGGCAGUGACAACAUCCAAUACGGUCGGUGCUACGUCAACAUCAGUGAAUCCGCCACAGCGCGGUACUAGUCCGGUGGCAAGCGUUAACAAUUCCGGCAGUCGUCAGCCAAUGAUUGUGCAAAAUGGUCCUCAAGUACAACAGCAAUUAACGCAACAAAUGCAAGCGCUCAGCAUUUAUCAAACGAGUAACAGCAAUACGAGUACCCAGAUUGAACCUCCGCCACCUUAUCCUAUAGUUCCAUCUUCAUCCGCGGGUCAACCAGUGCAACCGCCUUCUUACAGUGUUUCUAUGCAAAAUCGGCAAAGUCCCACACAAUCACAGCAAGACUACCGUAAGAGCCCGUCGUCUGGUAUUUAUUCAGGUCCAACGUCAGCUGGUACGCCCAGUCCUAUCACCGUGUCUACAAUAUCGCCCAAUAAUACACAGACGUCGAUGGCACGACCGACUCCAUUGCAAGCAUGGGGUGCGCGGCAGGCUAAAACACAACCGCCGAUCAUCAUGCAGUCAGUGAAAAGUACGCAAGUGCAGAAACCCAUAUUGCAGACCGCUAUUGCGCCCACAGCGCCACAGCCGAUUUCUACUACCAACAACACGCCACCACCACCUCCUUCUUAUGCAUCGUCUAUGCAACAAAAACAACAGCAACAACCACUGCCUGCUUAUCCACCUGUGAGCAAUGUGGCUGCGCCGCCCACUAAUAUACCGACAACAGAACCGCCAAGUUAUGCUACGACCAUGCAGGCAUUAGCGGCACAACGUGGUAUACAUCAUCCAUUGCCGCCACCGCCUUAUAGCACUCCCACUGAAGACACAUCAAUUAUAUCCUCUACAAUAGAGAGCGGCAGUGCGCCGCGAUCAUCUCCCAUUGCUCAUCAUCCACCACUUCAGAGGAAAUACUCACCAGUCGACAAUUGUCAACAUACGAUGGAUGCACCAUCCCUACCACCGGUUGCCUCGACUUCAAUGUCUGUAAGAAACAAUAAUCAUUCGUCCUUGCCUGAGGCCACUGCCGUUGGUACCAAAGGUGGCAACACUAAAGGCGAUCAUAGCGGCAAUUCACCUUUAUCCUACAAAAUCAAGCAUCAAUCUCCUAUACCUGAGCGCAAAACCAUGAGCAUAGAGAAGGAAGAGGAACGCAGAGAUUGCAAAGUGAGAAACUAUUCUCCUCAGGCUUUCAAGUUUUUCAUGGAGCAACAUGUAGAAAAUAUACUCAAAUCGCAUAAACAACGCCUCUAUCGACGUAUGCAACUAGAGACGGAGAUGGCGAAGAUCGGCUUAAGUACGGAAGCACAGUGCAUGAUGAGGAAAAUGUUGUCGCAGAAAGAGUCUAAUUACAUCAGAUUAAAACGAGCGAAGAUGGACAAGUCUAUGUUCACCAAGAUUAAACCGAUCGGCGUCGGCGCAUUUGGUGAAGUCACGCUCGUUAGGAAGCUCGAUACCAAUCAGUUCUACGCAAUGAAAACCUUGCGUAAAGCCGAUGUGUUAAAUCGUAAUCAAGUUGCUCACGUGAAAGCCGAGCGUGAUAUAUUGGCAGAAGCUGACAAUGAAUGGGUUGUCAAACUCUAUUACUCGUUCCAGGACAAGGAUAAUCUGUACUUUGUGAUGGAUUACAUACCCGGCGGAGACUUGAUGUCUUUAUUGAUUAAACUUGGUAUCUUCAAGGAGCCAUUGGCAAGAUUCUACAUCGCCGAACUUACAUGUGCUGUUGAGAGCGUUCACAAAAUGGGAUUUAUUCACAGGGACAUUAAGCCGGACAAUAUCUUAAUUGAUCGUGACGGACAUAUCAAACUGACCGAUUUUGGCCUCUGCACGGGAUUCCGUUGGACUCACAAUUCUAAAUAUUACCAACAAAACGGUCAUGGUAAGCAAGAUUCGAUGGAUCCAUCUGAUGAUUGGAACAACGAAUGUCAGUGCAUACAAUUGAAGCCAUUAGAACGUAGGCGACACAGAGAACAUCAAAGGUGUCUGGCGCAUUCUUUGGUCGGAACACCGAAUUAUAUUGCACCCGAGGUUCUACAACGUACAGGAUACACUCAAUUAUGCGAUUGGUGGAGUGUAGGAGUAAUUUUGUAUGAAAUGUUGGUUGGUUCUCCACCCUUUCUUGCCAAUACGCCCGCUGAAACUCAAUAUAAGGUCAUUAAUUGGGAAACGACGCUUCAUAUACCGAAACAGGCUAAUCUAUCACCAGAAAGUAUGGAUUUAAUACUAAAACUCUGUGUUGGUGCGGAUCGUCGAUUGGGUAAAAAUGCGAAUGAAGUUAAAAAUCAUCCGUUCUUUGCAAAUAUCGACUUCGAGAAAGGAUUACGACGCCAAAUGGCCCCACAUAUACCUCGUAUAGAAUAUCCGACCGACACGAGUAAUUUUGAUCCCGUUGAUCCCGACAAGUUACGCAAUUCAGAGUCGUCGGAUUCAAACAAAUCAGAUGAGUUACUGGACAAUGGAAAGCCAUUUCAUGGUUUCUUCGAGUUCACAUUCAGACGUUUUUUCGAUGACGGUGGUGGUCCUGCGUAUCCUAGUCGAAUCAGUUUGGACGACAACGAUAAUCAAGGUCCUGUUUACGUAUGACAUUAGGCUAAACUUAUGAUUUAUGAUUACUUUGCUACCUAUUAUUUUAUCGUUUAAUACUUCUCUGUCAUCAUUUUUUCCGUUCGAUAUUUUAUAGUUCGAGAUAAUUUACCGUUCAUGACUAUUUUUAGACACAUUUUAUUAUACUUUGUCAUAUAUAGAUGAUUUUGUGGCUGAUAUUUAAGACACAAUACUAUUCUGAUAACAGAAUCAUAUUUUUAUGACAAAUGUUGAUCAGAGAAUAUAUUACGAGGGAAAGUUAGGAAAUAAAGUUCUCUAUUUAAUUACGAUAAUUCGUAUCAUGUCAGGCAAAAAUCUUAUACGCAGUAUAAGAUUGGCAGUUAAAUAGAAAAUUACUUUUUAAUUUUCCCUUGUAAUAUAAACACUAAUCGACAUUUAUCAUAAAAGCAUGACUCUACCUGUUGCCGACUCUCUAUCAGAAUAGUAUUGCAUGAUAAUUAAAUUAAUUGUGUCUGUAAUUAAAUAGGGAACUUAAUUUUUGACUUUUCCUUGUAUAUGCAAGGAACAUCAAUAAUUCUUUUGAAUUUGGCAUUUUUGAAUUGAACACAUCAUUUAAUUUCUCGACCAUCAUGACCAUUGGUUCUGAAAAGAAUCAGUAAAUUGGUAAUGAAUAGUUUGAUAGGUAUUUGACCCAUUAAAAUUAAAUAUAAGACAGAAUGUAAUAUAAUUUAUUUCUCAUUUUCUAUUUAAUGAUUGUCAAUUUUUCUUAUUAGAAUUAAUAAUCAUGAUGCAUGAGUAUCUAUAUAUUAUUUGUCUGACUCAAGAAUGUCACAAGUGGAAAACAUUA